ACGUCCUGAUUGGUUGCGAGCUUUCCUUUACCGGAAGAACAACUCUAUCGUAUUGUUUACUUUAGUAAGUGCAACGCGAAUGUGUCCUUCAAACACAGGAUUGCUCUUUUAACAUAUUUAAAUUUGUGAAACCGGCUGUUUUAUCGCACUAGCUUGAUGCAGUGAGGCACAAAAUGGUGAAAAUAUGCUCUUUGUGAAGAUAAGCAGCGUUCUUCAAACGGUGUCCAUUUCACUCGCACUGCCGAGACAUCGACCUUCCUCGCAUUUCCGGGUGAUCCGUCGCAGCAUGGCAACAACAACAACAGGGGUGACCCGGUUCGACUUUCUGGUGAUCGGCGGCGGCUCGGGGGGUCUAGCCGGGGCACGGAGGGCGGCGGAGCUGGGCGCCACCGCCGCCGUAAUCGAGGGUCACAAACUCGGAGGUACCUGCGUCAAUGUUGGCUGCGUCCCAAAAAAGGUCAUGUGGAAUGCAGCGGUGCACGCCGAGUACCUCCACGACCACGCCGACUACGGCUUUGAGGUUGGAAGCGUUCGUUUCAGCUGGGAAGCACUGAAAACAAAACGGGAUGCUUAUGUCCGUCGUCUGAACCACAUUUAUCGCAACAAUCUCGACAAGGCAAAAAUCCAAACCAUCGAAGGUCACGCCAGAUUCACUAGCGAUCCUGAGCCCACGGUGGAGGUAAGCGGCAGGAAGUACACAGCGCCACACAUCCUCAUCGCCACCGGAGGGGAGCCUUCUGUGUUGAGCGAUGCCGAGGUUCCAGGAGCAAGUCUUGGCAUCACCAGUGAUGGCUUUUUUGAACUUGAAAGUCUUCCAAAACGUAGUGUCGUCGUGGGUGCUGGCUACAUUGCUGUGGAAAUGGCGGGCAUCCUUACCACCCUGGGCUCCAAAACCUCCCUCAUCAUACGACAGAGUGAAGUUUUGAGGAACUUUGACAGUUUCAUCAGCACAAACUGCACCAAAGAGCUGCAGAACUCGGGCGUCGACUUGUGGAAGAACUCUCAGGUGAAGUCAGUGCAUAAAACCGACGCGGGGCUGGAAGUGACGCUCGCCACCAUAGACCCGGAGAAGGGUAACGGCGAGGAGAAGAUCAGUACAAUUCAAGAGGUGGACUGUCUUCUGUGGGCUAUCGGAAGGAAGCCCAACACGUUUGGGCUGAACAUCGGCGAGUUGGGUGUGGACACGGAUGACAGAGGCCACAUUGUGGUGGACGAGUACCAGAACACGAGUCGACCAGGAAUCUACGCAGUGGGAGAUGUUUGUGGCAAAGCGCUUCUCACACCCGUUGCCAUCGCUGCAGGCAGGAAGCUAGCGCACAGACUGUUUGAGGGCAAGAAGGACUCCAAGUUGGACUACUCGAAUAUUCCCACGGUGGUGUUCAGCCACCCGCCUAUUGGCACCGUGGGCCUCACAGAAGAGGAGGCCAUCAUAGCCAGAGGCAAGGAGAACGUGAAGGUCUACAAGACGUCCUUCACGUCACUCUACCAUGCCAUCACCAGCCGCAAGAGCCCGUGCAUUAUGAAGCUAGUGUGUGCUGGCAAGGAGGAAACGGUGGUGGGUCUGCACAUGCAGGGUCUGGGCUGUGACGAGAUGCUGCAAGGCUUCGCUGUGGCCGUCAAACUCGGUGCUACCAAAGCGGACUUUGACAAGACAGUCGCCAUUCACCCCACCUCUUCAGAGGAGCUUGUUACCAUGCGUUAAGAGGACACAAGAUACCAUCACCAAAGAUUAUAGCCUAGUAUGAAGAUUUGCUUUAUAAAACCAUACGCUGACCCAAAUGGAACACAACUGAGAUGUGGCUUUCUGAAAUUGUACUGUAGGUCAUGAUGACUGAGUGAUAUAAUUAUAAUGAUUCUAUUUUAAUAAUUGGUGUGAAAUGGAAGUGAUGCAUCUGGAUGGCAAGUCCAAAGACCUCAAUCUUAUUGUAUUAUGUUGUCAGUCAUUUGUCAAAACACUCCCUCAAAAGACAGCAAUGAGGGCGUACAACACUGCACUGAAAAAUAAACAUGCAUUCUGUUUUCAUACCUGUUG